UUAAAAUAAUCAGUAGCAUUUAGCGAGGUAAUUACUAUCGUUUUUCAAUUUUGUGUUACAUUAAUAGUAAUGCCUAAAAUACAACUUGUCACUUGUUGCUAUGUGAAAAUCUGGCAACCCCGACAAGUACUUCUCACCAUAGACUGUACUCGUAAUUGUCACACUCUCCUGUAUACUACUUGCUGGCUCCGGUGGAUCUAGGUUGAGUCAUAUCAGAGUACAAUGCAUCAGUUCAUUGAGGGGCAGGGCUGUUGUGCGAGGGAGGGCGCCAAAUAGGAAGAAGGGACAGAUGUGUCUGCACUUAGGACUGCGCCUCUCAACCAAAACAAACUCCAAUCGUCGACAUGACUUGCUAAUAUUUCAAAGGGUGAUCCGGAUAAAAUACAUCGUAUGAAACGCGCUGGACAAAGAAAGAAAAGAGAUGGAGGAGGAAGGCAUAUGCAUUUGGCCACGCAUGGAGCCAUUCAUGUUAGGAGCUUUGCAGGUGGCCCCAUCUUCCAAGCUUAGCCUUCACUAUCUUCGAAAGAUGGCAACAUACGUACGGACAAGGGAUGGCUGCUUUCCUGUGUUGGGCUGGCCAAUGUGGAGGCAUAUUGCCUGUGGAAAACUACAGCUUCCAGAAGACCUUGCAUGGCUCUACUUUGAGACAUUUGACCUUCUUGUUGGACGUACCCCAGAGAAAAGACUCGAGUGGGCUGAAAGUCUCUCCCAGUGCUCCUCCAAAAGUGAAUUGGAUCAACAAAGGAACAAGUUGUCAGUGGACACGCUGCAGUUCCUCCUCUUUCUCUUUAUUCAACAGCUCAACCGUGUGUCUUUACGUUCUUCAUCCAUCGUUGAAGAGUGGCCCAGUCAUCGAACCCGUUCCCCUUCCCCGUCCCCAUCAGAACGUGAGGGCAAGACAAGUUCCCAAAACAAAAACUGGGACGACCAGGCACACCUUUCAUUUGUAAAUAAUCAUCUUGCUGAGAUUUUGGAGCUACUAGUUGAACCAAGUGGGCAGACUCAGCGAGAUUCUCAGAUAUCUCUGGAGGCGGUGCGAAGUUUAAGCCUACUCUUGGAGGGUUCUGUGAGUCAAGGCAGAGCUGUCCAGCCUGUUUAUCGACUGUUGACCAAGGGCCCUCUUCAGACCGAAGCAGGUUACUGUACAAAAAGCCAUUCUUUCCCUCUCCACAAGCUCCUCUCGUGUCUCCAACAAAACCUCUCCCUCAACCCUUUCGGGAUCACUGCGUGUCUGCACUCAGGGAAAAAACUAGCAUGGGCCCAACAAGUGGAGGGGGCUAUGAAGAGAGCCAAAAUAGCCAGAAAUACUCACACAGCUCCACCUGGUAGUAAAAUAGUGUUGAUGUCUCAGGUGUUAAAGCAAACACUUGCUAAAACUUCAGAAAAGUUAACCGGUACCAACAUGAAGAUACAUCGAUGUGCUGAGUCCUUCAUAUAUCUUCUCUCACCUCUAAGAUCAGUGACAGUGGACAAGUGCCGUGACUGUACAAUUGUCCUAGGUCCAGUGGAAACUGCUGUCCAUGUUCAUAGUUGUCAAAAUGUGAAGGUGGUGUGUGUUGCAGGGAGAGUAGUCUUUGGAGCAUCUUCACACUGUACUGCCUUUAUCUUGACUCCUACGCGACCAUUGCUACUUCCUGGAAACACCGACAUCAGCUUUGGUCCCUUUCACACUUUCUAUCCCUCCCUGGAGGAUCACAUGGCAAGUGUGGGUUUAGCAGUUGUCCCGAAUGUUUGGGAUCAGCCCUUGGUUUUGGGGACGGACGGCAUUUUAAAGUCUACACAGUGCAACACAACAAACAGCCCUGAGUCGGGCUGCUACCGCCUGAUUCCUCCAGCAGAGUUCCACACACUGGUUGUGCCUUUUGAAAUGGAUGGGGACACAUGCGAGAUUCCAGGAGGACUGCCACCUUUGUACCAAGAAGCAGUUGAAGAGAAGAAGAAGAGGAUACAGAACUGGCAAAGGACUGUGACAGAGAUUCGACUAAAUAAGGAACAGAGGAGUCAGUUCCAGGCGCUGGUUGAAAUGAAGUUUCACGAGUGGCUCCUAGAAACUGGACACAGAAAAGAAUUGGACAGUCUGUCACCAGCACUCUUAGCUCCACAGAAGACCCCCAACAACCCCAAUUCUCUAACAGCUAAUGGUGACAGCAUUGUAACAAAUGGACAAGCAAAAGGACGGUCUACUGCGGCCUAUUAAAAUGUAAUGAACAUGUGAUGCCAUCAGCCUGCUAAACAUCUGCCUAAGUCAUCUUCUCUUAAGUUUGUGGAGAUUUUAAAGCUGUGCCAUCUUUUUAGUCAUAGUACACUUUCUGUAUUUAAGCCAAGUAGGGAGUGAACUGGCAUGUUGUUGAACAACAUCCCAAGCACCUGAGUGGAAGUGUAUGGUAAUUUAAAUCUUCUAAAGUCUCUUUAAAGUUACUUAGAUUGCAAAUGAAUACCAUGAACAAAAAAAUAGAUUGAAUGAAUUUAAAUAAUGUCCAGUGUCAUUUGUGUAGAAAAUAUAUUAACAAUAGAAAUAAAUGUAUAUAGUUUGUGAGUUAGCAGACAUAAGAUAAGAAGUACAUAUUUUGUAGUCUUAGUAUAUUUUUGAUAUUAAGCCUUGGGCUGAGUAAAUUGUAUAUUUUUUUUCUAAUAAAUAUUUCAACUGA